UGAAAGAUGGGAAAUGAAUACAAGAAAAUUGUUCUGCUGAAAGGAUUAGAGGUCAUCAAUGAUUAUCACUUUAACAUAAUUAAGUCUUUACUGGCCCAUGAUUUGCAACUGACGAAAAAAAUGCAGGAAGAAUAUAACAGAAUUAUGAUUGCUGACUUGAUGGAAGAAAAGUUCCAGGGUGUUGCCUGUGUGAACAAGCUAAUAGAAUUGUUCAAAGAUAUCAAAGAUCUCAAAAAAGAUAUUAUUGAAACACUUAGAAGAGCAAAGUCAAAAGUUGCAAAGCAAACUGAAGGAAAGAAAACUCCAAUGAAAAGGAACAAGCAAAAUAAAGCAGGUCCUGCAACACCUAUAAUGACCAAAAAGGAAGGUCAGAAAAGAACAAACACAGUCAAGCAGGAUGCUAUAACCAAAAAGAAGAAAAUUUCUGAGGAGGAAAGUCAGCCUCCCUGUUCCUCAGGAGCCAGCACAUCUGCAGCUAUGGAUCACCCCCAGCUUCCCCAACUCUCAUCACCAACUCGUUCCUCCACUUCCUUAAAUGAGAAUCAGGAACAGCAGGCCCAAUGUCAAGCAUCUACCAAAAAGCAUGUUCUUCAAAAGGGCCCAUUGAUAGUGAUGGUGCUGAAAGCAACAGAGCCAUUUAAAUAUGAGUCUACAGAAAAGGAUAAAAACAGGAUGUUUCAUGCUACAGUGGUUACAGAGAAUAAAUUCUUCCAAGUGAAGGUUUUUAAUACCAAUCUGAAGGAGAAGUUCACCCCUAGAAAUUUCAUUGCCAUAAUAGAUUAUUUUGAAUGCAAAGGAUUACUGGAGAUAAAUGAAGUAUCAUCUGUAUCUGAAGUUGGUCCUGAUCACAAGUUUGAGGUCCCGACAAGAAUCAUCAAAAGAGCAAAAGAAACUCCCAAGAUUGAUAAUCUUCAAAAGCAAGCAUCAGGAACAUUAGUGUAUGGGCUGUUUAGGUUAAAUAAGAAAAAAGUGAACAUAAAGAACACAAUCUAUGAAAUACAAGAUGAUACAGGAAAGAUGGAAGUAGUGGGGAAUGGAAAAUGGCAUAACAUCCAAUGUAAGGAAGGAGAUAAGCUUAAACUCUUCUGCUUUCAACUGAGAACAAUUGACUACAAGUUGAAACUGAUAUGUGGAAUUCAUAGUUUAAUUAAGGACAGUGUCCCUUCAGCUUUGCCCAUAAGCAUGCCUCUCUUUGGCUCUUUGCCUCUCAGCCUGGCCUCUACCCUUCUCAGACAAGUGUUCCAAAAGGAUUCAGUGGAAGUGAUGGUCCUGAAAGCAAAAGAGCCAUUUGAAUAUGAGUCUGAAGGAGAUGGUAAAAAGACAAUGCUUCACACCACAGUGGUGACAGAAAAUAAAUUCUUCCAAGCAAAGGUUUUCAACACCAACCUGAAGAGGAAAUUUAAAAGAAGGGUCAUUGCCAUUACAGAUUAUUUUGAAUACAAAGCAUUACCGGGGAAAAAUGAAGCAUCAUCUGUAUCUGAAGCUGGUUCUGAACAGAAGAUUGAGGUCCCAACCAGAAUUAUCAAAAGUGCAAAUGAAACUCUCAAGAUCGAUACUUUUCAAAAACAAACCAGGAAUAUAAGUGUAUGGGUUGUUUAUGUUAAUAAGGUAAUAAUUUAA